AUGAUGAAGCAAGCCACGAGCCUCAGGGUGCGCCUGCCGGUGCUGGUGUUUGUGUCCGAGAUCGUGUUCCUGGCCCUGUAUGCCUGCUUCGUAACCUACGACGACAAUGCUGACGCUAAGUUUCAGAACAACCUCACCAAUCCCAUGGACAACUCCCUCUACAGGGAUUAUCCCUACUUUGCAGACGUGCAGGUCAUGAUCUUUAUUGGCUUCGGCUGCCUGCUGGCAUUCUUGCGUUUCUAUGGCUUCAGUGGUAUGGUCUUCAACUUCCUGACGGCCACGUUUGCCAUCCAGUGGGCCAUCCUGGUGCAGGGCUACUUCCAGUUCUACUCCGAUGGAAAGAUUCACCUGGGCGUGAUAAACCUUCUGAAUGCCGAGUUCGCCUGCGCCGUUGUGCUGAUCUCCUUCGGGGCCGUCCUGGGGAAGACGAGUCCAGUGCAACUCCUGGUGAUGGCUAUCCUCGAAAUCCCCGUUUUUUCCCUCACUGAGUGGGCAGUGCUCAAGUAUCUGAAGAUCACUGAUUCUGGCGGGUCUAUCCUUAUCCACCUCUUCGCCUGCUACUUUGGCCUGGGGGUCACGUUUGUGCUCUACCGCCCCUCGCUAAACAACGGCCACCCGAAGGAGCUCACCAGCUACCAGUCUGACAUCCUGUCUGUGAUAGGGACUCUGUUUCUCUGGGUGUUCUGGCCCUCCUUCAACUCGGCGCUGACCCACAAAGGGGACGACCAGCACAGGGCCAUCCUCCACACGUUCAUUGGACUGAGCGCCUCCACGCUCACUGCCUUCGCCCUCUCCACCAUGCUCAACAAGAGGGGCAAGAUCACAAUGGCCGACGUCCAGAAUGUCACCCUGGCUGGAGGUGUCACGGUCGGGGCCUCCGUUGACAUGAUGAUCUCCCCGGUGGCCGCCUAUGCCCUUGGGAUGAUCGGCUGCACAGCCUGCAUGCUCGGCUACAAGUAUCUCACUCCUUUCCUCGCCCGCCGCCUGAGGAUUCAAGACAUGUGCGGCAUCCACAACCUCCAUGGGCUGACUGGCCUCAUAUCCUGUCUAGCUGGUAUCUGCGCCAUCCUCCUGGCCUCCGAAGAGACCUACGGCCCCAGCAUGUACCAGAUCUUUGCCCAUCGCGCCCCCAUGGAGGGAGACCCAAAACUUCUGGAGCUCCAGCAGCUGAUCCCAGGGCUCAAGCCGGGCCUGGGUCGCACAGCUGAAACGCAGGCUCUCUACCAGGUGGCGGCCAUUUUUUCCACCAUAGCAGCGGCAGCGGUCGGUGGGUUGCUGACCGGUCUGGUCAUGAAGCUUCCUUUCCUGGCACCGUUCUCAGAUGACUUCUGCUUUGAUGACGAGUUGUUCUUUGACAUGCCUUCUGAUUACGAGUACCUCACCUCAAGCCUCAACCACAAAGAGCCGUUGAAGGAUGAAGAUUCAAAAGUCUGA